GCUAUCUGUUUUCACAUAGUCCGAGUUAUAAAUGUUUAACAUAUACUUCUAUUAAACUACUGUCAAAAUUCAUCGUUAUCAUUAUAUUUAUUUUUUUGUGCUAUCAAACAAAUAAUUAUAAAUUAAUGAAGAAUAAGAAAGGAUAAAUUAUUUUAUUUAUGCUUCCUGAAUUCCAACAAGCUUGAUGGAAUGGGGUCACGGAUAAAGAAUGAUGUGACCCAUUUAUUUGAAUGUUUCUGUGAAGUAGUGGGCCCAAGUAAUGAAGUUCAAGAACCUUGGAUUUUACAAAAAUUUCCUGAGCACUAUAAAACAGAUGAUGUGUUAUCUUCUGUACCAAAAUUUGCCUAUCCGUGUGAAUUUGACAGAAGUGUCGUUCAACAUUAUUCAUUUGUGUUAACCAGUAUUGAAUCAAAAUGGACUUUUGGUUUUUGUAGACAUGAUCCAAAAUCUGAAACAGCAUUAGUUGUAUUAAGUUAUUUACCUUGGCAUGAAUCUUUUUACAAAUUUUUAAAUUGUAUCUCAAGUCUCACAAAUAGUUCUAAGUCAAAGGAUUUAUGGUCGUUUUUAGAAAAUGUGUAUAAUAGUAAACUACCAAUUAAAGGAUGUGAUUUAAGAGUUACCAAUGAUAAAGGAGAUGAAAUAUUUAUUUGCCAGUCACCAAUUCACUUCCAGUUACCUAGUAUUCCUGAAAAUAGAAAUCUUACUGAAUAUUAUAAUGCAGUUGAAAGUCAGAAUAUGAUAAUAAUCUUUGCAUCAAUGUUAUUUGAACGUCGCAUUAUUUUUACUUCUAAGAAACUAUAUAGAUUGAGUUCUUGUGUACAAGCUGCAAAUGCUAUCCUUUAUCCAAUGAACUGGCAACAUAUUUUUAUUCCAGUAUUACCUCGUUCUCUAAUUGAUUAUUUACUUGCACCAAUGCCUUAUCUAAUUGGGUUACCACAAUCAUUAUUACAAGGUUUUAGACAAAAUGAAUUAGGUGAAGUUGUUAUUUUAGAUGCUGACAAUAAUACAGUUGAAUCACCAUUUAAUGAUGUAGAACAACUUCCUACAGAUUUAGUAUCAAAUUUGAAACGCCAGUUACGCAAUAGAGGUUCUCUUUUAGGGGAUGGUGUAUCCAGAGCAUUUUUACGUACAUUAGUUCAAUUAAUUGGUGGUUACAGGGAUGCAUUAAAGUUUCAUCAGGGAGAAUUAAUUACAUUUAAUAAAGAAGCUUUCAUAGAGUCAAGGCCUACUAACAUGCAGCCAUUUUUAAGAAAAAUGUUGGAACUACAAAUAUUUCAACAAUUUAUUGAAGAACGUUUAGAAAUGUUAAAUGCUGGACUUGGUUUUUCCGAUGAAUUUGAAAUGGAAGUAUGUAAUUAUCAUGAUAAAACUAGUAACAAGUUAAAACAACAGUAUAAAGAAUGGUCUUAUACUGUAAAACGAGAAGGGACGGCAUUGUUUAAAUCUGUUAAAAAUGUUGCUAACCCUGCUGUUAGAAAUGCUGUUAAAACUGUUAAAGAACGUGGUAGAGAUGUAAGAUUGGCUUAUAAAGGACUUCGGUCUAAGCUCUAUGUUCAAAAUAAAAAUCCAAGAACAAUGAUUAACACCCAACCAAAUUCUGCUCCAAAUUCUCCAUCAGCCCAAAGAAAACCUUCAAGACCUCAUACAACAGCUUUUACUACAACAUCUAAUAACACUCAUAAAGAAAUCAAAAAUGGUAUUCAACACAUGAGUGUAACUCAAAACAUGUUAUCAGAUAUACCAGGUUCUCCACCCUUACAACUUAAUAUGGAUUUGAUGAUGGAUCUUCAUGAUGUUAUAUUUAGUAAAUUUCCUAAAAAUAAUACGAGUUCUUUAGUGGAUUAUGAUGGAAAUAGUAAUGAAUGUGAAAAUUCCAAUGAAAUGGAUGAAGAUGUUUUUAAUACAUCCUUUGGUUCAGUGUCUAAUAUAUGUCCAAUGGAAACAAAAGACUUAAUACAACUAGAUUCAACUUCUAGUAAUAGUAUUGAUGAUUUUGAUCCAUUAAAAAGUACAACCAACGAUGUUGUAGUACCUGUUGUAGGACUCAGCAAUCCUUUAUAUCAGUAUUUUGAACCUAUUAGUAAAAAGUCUUCAGAAACUAAAAAGACAAAUGAUUUACUUAAUGAAUAUGGUUUAAAUUUUGAUACACUGAGUUUAUCUAGUGAACCGGGUCCAUCAAUAACAAAUCACACUUCAAUAACUUUACCACCAAAACCUGCAAACUUUAAAUCUAAUUGGACUAGGUUUGAAUAAUGAUCUUUAAAAAUUUACUUGUGAUAAAUUUAUUUUUGAUAUUAUAUUAUUUAUUUUUACACUGUUAUACUUGUUACCAGUUUGCAUGAAACAUUACAUUUUUUAAUAUAUAUAAUUUUAUUUGCUGAACUUUCAUGCAACUUGGGUUAAUUUAAUAAAAAAUCUUCCAAAAUCUUCUUAAAAGUCUUUUUAUAUACUUUAUAUAUUAUUGUUAACACCAAAAUUUGUAUUAGACAUAGGGUU